UGUUCAUAUACCUACCUAAUCACAUAUCAACAAACGAAUCACUCAUCGGGAAGGCAUCCAAAAAGCCUUGAAAGUGAACGACAACAAGCUGAACGUCACGACAACCUCACCUACUAGACGACCAUGCUACCACUCAAGGAAACGGAAAGGGUAACCACCACCCAACUCCAACCCAAACCCAUCCCCGCCCUCUACACGGUCUACAUCCUCCGCUCCCAGCCCCGGCACGCCUCUCUCUACAUCGGCUCCACGCCUCACCCACCGCGGCGCCUCUCACAACACAACGGGCUCGCCAAGGGCGGCGCCUACCGCACCUCCAAGAAAUCGCUCCGGCCUUGGGACAUGGUCUGCCUGGUUUCGGGGUUUCCCAGCAUGAUCGCCGCGCUGAAAUUCGAGUGGGCGCUGAACAACCCGCACAAGUCGCUGCAUAUCCCUGCCGAAAAGAGGGCGGAGGCGGUGAAGGGACUGGGGAGGAGGAAAACUGGACACCUCAAAAGGCCGAGGAAGAGCUUGACGGGCGUGAUGGAGAGUUUGCGGAUGUUGGUGGGGGUGAGGAGUUUUGGGCGGUGGCCUUUGAGGGUGCAUUUCUUUGAGGAGGAGGUUUGGAGGGUUUGGGAGAAGGUUGGUAUGAAGAAUGCUUUUGGAGGAUUGAAGAUACCGGUGGUUACGGAUUUUGGGGGUCCAACGGCGUCAUCACAAGGGGCGAGGGUGGAUGAAGAGCUUCUUGAUCCGGGAAUCGACGGUGGUGAUGGAAACGACGACGACGACGACGACGAAGACGCCCAAAACGAAAAGAAACAUGGUAUCUAUGCUUUACCGCUCGAUUACACGCCGAUAAAGGAGUACGUCGCCAAGGGGCAGGAGAUUUUUGAGUUUGAAAGGCAGGGGAACUGUGUGGUUUGUAAGGAAGCCAUGGCGGCGGGAAGGGGGUUAUAUGCGAUCUGCCCAAAGACAAGUUGUGAGGCUGUGGGACAUGUUGACUGUUGGAGUCGGUGUCUUCUGAAGCAAGAAGCAAAGAAGGUGGGAAUGGGUAGAGGGGACGAGAUACUUCCAACUAAAGGGGAAUGUCUCAAGUGUCACGGAGAGGUUCUUUGGGGAGAUAUGAUGAAGGAGUUGACAUUGAGGAUCAGGGGGCAGGCGGAGGUAGAGAAGCUGCUGAAGAAGAAGAAGAGGCGACGGGCAGCGGCGAAGGGGAAGGUGAAGGGCAAAGGGAAGGCCGCCGAUGAGAAGGGGAGCAAUGCCGAGGAAAGAAAUGCAAAAGGAAAUCGAGAGGUGAAGACGACGUCUCAGAGGAUCGUGGAGGAUAGCGAAGACAGUGAGUUCCUCGACAUUGCGUACCUUUAGUAGGCCAAAGAAUUCAAACUUCAGAGAUGAUUGAUUCCCUUACCAC